AUACAUAAAGGACAAGAAGAUUUAAUUCAGUGGAUCUUCUUAACCUUGUAAAUUGGAAUGAUCGCCAUUCUUCCAUUUUUUGCUAACAUACAAUUCUAGACUCGCGACAAGCCGACCUCAGAGGAUUCAUCCAUUGCAAGCCCAACAGAAAUAUAUACUCAAAGUCAUCAGAUGAAAGCAUGGAUUCAAGAGAUAUGAAACACAUCAUUCUAGUUUCUCUGCUUUUCCUCUCCAUGUCCCAGGCUACUUCACAUUCAAUCCAUGGUGAUUUUAUUCAGUGCAUGUCAACCCAGUUUAGGGACUAUACUAAAAGCUUUGAAAUCAUCUUCACCUCAGAUUCCCCUUUAUUUCAAUCUAUUUUGCAGUCCACUAUACAAAACAUGAGAUGGUUAAAUUACUCAACCUCAACACCUCUUCUCAUAGUCACACCUUUCCAUGAGUCUGAAAUCCAAGCAGUCCUCCUUUGUAGCAAAAAGCUUGGUUUGCAAAUCAGGACACGGAGUGGUGGCCAUGACUAUGAAGGCCUAUCAUACUUAUGCGACACCCCAUUCAUUAUCAUUGAUCUUAUCAACCUUCGAUCAAUAGAAAUCAAUUUUGAAGAAGAAACCGCAUGGGUUCAGUCUGGGACAACUCUUGGAGAGCUUUACUAUGCUAUAGGCGAGAAAACUAGCGUCCAUGCAUUCCCUGCAGGACUCUGCCCUACCGUAGGGGUUGGUGGACACUUCAGUGGAGGUGGUUUUGGGACCUUGUUGAGGAAGUACGGCCUUGCAGCAGAUAAUAUCCUGGAUGCUUACUUGAUGGAUGUCAAUGGACAAAUUUUGGACAGAAAAGCUAUGGGCGAGGAUCUUUUUUGGGCCAUUAGAGGAGGUGGUGGAGCAAGCUUUGGGAUCAUACUUUCUUGGAAAAUCAGGCUUGUCCGAGUUCCGUCAACAGUAACUGCUUUUACCAUUUCAAAAACAUUAGAACAAGGUGCCACAAAGCUAGUACAUAUGUGGCAAUACAUUGCAUAUAAAUUACCUGAAGAUCUAUUCAUCAGAGUCAUCCUUCAAAAUGUCCAGGAAGGUAACAAUGGAAAUAACAAAACUAUCCAAGCUUCUUUCAACUCACUAUUUCUUGGAGAAAUUGACAAACUAAUACCAUUGAUGAAUGAGAGCUUCCCUGAGCUUGGAUUGCUGGCUGAGAAUUGCAUUCAGAUGAGUUGGAUUGAAUCCACCCUCUAUUUUGCAGGAUUCCAGCAAGGGCUGCCCCUGGAGGUAUUGUUAGACAAAACUCAACUAUAUAAGAGUAAUUUUAAGGCAAAAUCAGACUUUGUUAGGGAGCCAAUACCUGAAGAAGGGCUAGAAGGAAUAUGGAAGAUGUUUUUGGCUGAAGAGAUGGUUUUCAUAAUAAUGGAUCCCUUCGGUGGACAAAUGAAUAGAAUUCCCGAAUCUGCAGUCCCCUUUCCUCACAGAAAUGGUAAUUUGUACAAUAUACAGUACAUAGUGAAAUGGGAAGUGAACGAUAUUAAGGCUUCCAACAAGCAAAUACAUUGGAUCAGGAUGUUAUAUGAAUACAUGAGACCAUAUGUUUCAAAAGAUCCAAGGGCUGCCUAUCUUAACUAUAGGGAUCUUGACUUGGGGACAAACAGUCUGGGCAGCACAAGCUAUGCAGAGGCAAAUGAAUGGGGCAAAAAAUACUUCAAGGGUAACUUCAAGAGACUGACAAGGGUAAAAAGCAUGACUGAUCCACAAAAUUCUUUUAGGAGUGAACAGAGCAUUCCACCUCUUCCCAGGAAAUACAAAUAAAUAAAUGUUUCUUGGACUCUCCCUAGUGCUGUCCCUGUAAUUGCAGUUUCUAAGUUCUAGCCAAGAGAUUAUUUCUUCAACGCAUGGAUGGAAACUGCCAGCAUUUCACAAAAACAAAAAUUUAUGGUUUCAUGAAAACAAUGGACCCGAAUUGAAACAAGAGGAUAUC